CGCCGACUGUCGUGGCGUGCGGACGUCGUGUCGGCUGAGUAAAAGCUGCGCUUGUCGGUCGUACGUUUGUGUAGUGGUGUUCGUGUUCGUGUUUUGUGAUUGACUAUGAGGACAUAAAUGGUGUUUGGUUCGGAAGAUUUUAGGACGUAAUUAGAUAAAACAAAGUGGUGUUCAGUGAAAAUGCGAGUGACUUAGUGAAGUGUUCAAUAUGAAGACCUCUAGUUUGGUGCUGACACUCAUUUGUGUCAUCUCGCUUACCUGCACGCAUGCCAAAACUGGAUACUUUUGGCACAUAACAGACUUCCACUAUGAUCCCCUCUACACAUCGCAAGGCGACACUAGAAGACAUUGUCGAAGAGCUGACGAGCGGGGCAGCUCAGGCCACCACCGGGCGCUGGGCCGCUUCGGAGACUACUCGUGUGACAGCUCGCUGGAGCUGAUCGAGUCAGCUGCGCGGUAUAUGCGCACGAGACAUUCUGAGAACGUCGAGUUCGUGUUGUGGACUGGCGACAUCAUCGCAGCCCGGUACACAGGGAACGAAGACGACAAGAUCCAAGCCAUCAGAAACAUGACGGAGCUCCUCAGCAGGACCUUCAGUUCCCACUUCGUGUUCCCAGUGCUCGGUCAUCUGGACCCGGCACCAUCAGAGAGCCUGACUAAUAUGUGGAUGCACUGGCUGCCUUUGGAGGCGUUGCAGACUUUUAAAUAUGGUGGAUAUUACACGAUAGAGCAGAAACAAAGCAAGCUUCGGAUAGUGGCGCUGAACACGAAUUUGUUCAGCGUCCGGGAUUCGAACAGCCCUCAAGCCAAGAAACAGUGGGAAUGGCUGGAUUCUGUGCUGGAAAAAUCUAUCACUAAUAAAGAAAUGGUUUACAUUGUAGGCCACGCAGCACCAGGCUCAGACUCCCGUCACCCCUACGAUAUGUCGGCGGACGCCAACGCGAAGUAUCUACGCAUGGUCCGACGCCACGCCAAGAUUAUAGCUGGCCAGUUCUUCGGCCACCUCCAUGCUGACACCUUCCGAGUUAUCUAUGAUAAUGAUCGACCAGUAUCAUGGACGUUCAUGGCUCCGUCAGUGAGUCCUCACCGCGACCCAGCCGACUCCUCCAACCCUGGACUUAGGCUGUACAAGUUUGACACCAAUACGGGAAAGGUGUUAGACUACACACAAUACUUCUUAGACCUGGCAGCAGCCAACAGGAACCUAGCGGAAUGGACGGCGGAGUACAACCUGACCCAGUACUAUGGGCUGCACGAGGUCUCUGCCAUGUCACUGCACAAUCUUGCCGAUAAGCUGCAGAUUGGCACGCCGCAUGAGACCAAUAUAUUUCACAAGUACUUACGCGCGUACCGCGUUCGACACGAAAGCUCGGAAUCCUGCGAUGGUGCUUGCGCCCACCAGCACUUUUGCGCUAUAACGUGUUUAGAGCACGUUGCUUACCGCCAAUGCGUUGAAGCGGCUGCAAGCGCUUUAGCCGCUGCAGGGGACUCGGCACCGCUCACGUUACCGCUUUUCAAUACUUUAGCGUUUUUAAUCGCUUGUGUCAUCGUUGUUAUGUAAUUUUGUUUACAGGAAUGUUCUGGAAUAAUACUGUAUUUUAUUGAAGCGUGAACAUGAUAGGUUUAAUAUCGUAAAUAUUUGAUAUAGGUGUCGAAAAAACUUGAUAGUAAUAUCAAGUUUUUCUCUACCAUUGCAGUGUUAAGGUUUUUUUAAGGCGGCUUGUUUCAAUAAAACAAAUGAACGUUUUUGUUUCCCAUAUUUAUCAAUCUUAUUUUCCCCGUCCAUGCUUGUUUGUCGAACUCAAUAAUACUUGUAUGCUCAUUUUUUAAGGUAAAUUCACAAAGAAAAGUGGAAUUACAUAAAUUUUCGCUCAGACACGUGCUACGAACACAUUGUGACGUCGAACGUUUGAAUGCCUCGGGCGUUUCCGCACCGCUCAAUCCGAUUUGACGUAAAAAUAAUGUUCAUUUUUUUAUUGUGUAUUCAAAAAUUAUGUUAUUCUUUUUCGUUUUAUUGUUUUAUAAAAGUUACUUUAGUAUUUUUUCUUGUAAUGUUUUAUGAAUUGUAUUUGGAAUAUCGGUUAUUCUAAAAUGGAAUUAUAUUUUUAAUAAAUAGUAAUUACACCGAAAAUUUAUUAGGAUUAUACCUACAUUUGGUUUUUGAAAAUGUUUAAAAAAAAGUAUUAUGGAUAGCUCCAAAUUUAAUGUCUAACAUGAUUUAUGAAACAAACGAUUGAACUGUAAACGUUCCAAUGUAUUAAUAAUUUUCCACUUUUUAAAGAUCUCAUAUUUGACAUGUAAAUAUAAAUGUGCUUCAAAAGUAUUACAAGGCUACUUUAAAUUAAUUUGGGAACCUUCACAGAAGACUUAAAAAAACAUAUGAUAAUUGUGUGAAAAGCUUAUUUUCUUUGGUGACUUAAAUGCUUGUCAAUGUAUCACAAAUGGGCAAUUAUCAAAUAAAUCCCGCUGUAAGUGCAAAGGAAUGGUGAGUCAGACGUUUACUACCUAAAAUCUACCUACAUAUGUUCCGUCUGGAGCCCUUCAUUCAACAGGGCCGCGGUAACUUCUUCGAUCAAUCCCGCAGCCUACAGUUGUACUUACAAAAGAUCAUAAAGGUUUAUCUUCUAAGAAAACUAUUACAUACAUGAGCCCAGCCCAGGUCAAAAGUAUACACUAACGUCUGAGAAGUUUCUCCAAUUAAUUAAAAGUAAAGUUAAAGUAGUUCUAAGUAGGUUUACAAUGAGCAAAGUAUAAUGAGAUAGCUCAUACGGCAUUUGUGAUAAAGCUUGAAAAUACGUGAAGUGAAUAUACUAGCAAAUCUUUUAUUAUUAAAAAUAAUUGUAAAAAUAAUGCUUUAGACUUUCUAGUAAUUUAGAAUUAUAAUUAAAAUUAAUUGAAUUAAAUAAUUGACGUUGUAAAAAUCGAGACUGUAAAUUAUAAUACAACAUUUAGAACGUUAUUAUAAAAAGUAAUUUCAAUUUUGAAUAAAAGUAUAUGGUAAAAUCAUUUUGUACCCGAUCCGCAUUUGAAAAUGAACCUUAUUGUUUUAAGUAUAGACUAUGUUUUUCAGUAAGCUUGCUUUGAAUGUAAAAUCGAUGUAUUUUGUACAUAAUUUAAAUGAUAGGUAGAAUUUUUAUAAGUAAUUGAAAAGCUAAAAUCGACAUAUUUAGAGGUAUUAAUUUAUAAUGAAGUCCUAGAAAAUGUUAUGAACGAUACUUCUUUGAAAGUUUCUCAUCUAAUAAUUGGACUUUCCAAUCCAAUUUGUUGUGUCGUCAUUUUAAUUAUCGAAAUAACUUUGUUUAAUUUUGUUCAUUGCGGUUGAGUUUAGACAUAAAGUGUACCUAUAUGCGCCAUAUUUUAGGCGUAAAAUGUGAUUUUAUUUUAGGCUAAAUUAAAGUUUCAAUAAAUGGAUUUUAGUGUCAAUAUUUUUUUAAUCAUUCUUACAUUCAUUCUUCAAUUUUAAAAUAAAUCAGAUAAUUAUGUUCACUUCUGCGAAUAAUCCAAAUUCAAUCGAAAAAAUAUUUCACUAAAAAAUCAUCUGUAAAGUGAUAACCUAGAAAUAAAAUUGAUUAUUUAUUAAAUAUUAUUAAUUAAUAGUAAUAGAAUUAAUGUUAAAAGCACUGUAAAUAAUUACAAGUGUAAUUUAAUUUUUAAAUUGUAAAUGAGGAACAACUAGUUUGUAAGUGAAUAUUGAAAUGCUUUUCCAAAUUAUUUUAUUGCGGAGACCAAAUUAAUUGAAAUAAUUCCUUGAAAUUACAGUUGAAGGCAAAAUAAUUUAAUCGGAUUACUUAAAAUGAAAUCCAAUAGUCAUUAAUUCUUAAUAACAAAAUAUUUAACUGAUUAAUCAAAUUAUUUAUUCGAUUAUCGAUAAUUUUGCACUCAACUGUAAUUAGUAGAGAAGUUUCGUAGCAAAAUGAUAUUAUUUUAAUUUCUUAAAUUGUAUGAAUGUUCCCAUAUUUGUAUCGACUGGAUGUUUCAAUUAAUUUUUAAUAAAGAAUUGUAAUCAA